GUUGAUAAAAGUCAAACAACUGAUUUUGGGGCUUCUAGUUCCUUCUAGUAAAGGGUGUAUAUAAAGACUGCUGUUGUUUGUGCAGUUCACAAGUGAUGUAUCUGUACAGUUCGAGGAUGAAUGUUGGUAUCUUGUCCUUGGUGCUGUGUCUGACCCUCUUGGUCUCAUCCACUGGUGCAGCUAGCGGCUCCCAACAAGUCAACUAUGUGACUCCAACCUCGCCUGCUGGUAUCUCCUGUCCCGGACAGCCCUGCCUCACUCUGGACCAGUAUAUUACCAGCUCCAGUACCUACAUCAUCUCCAACACAGUCUUCAAGCUUCUCCCUGGAAUACACGUCAUCACCAGGUCUUUUGUCGCACGAAACAUUGAGUGCAUCACCCUCGAAGGAGACACUGAAAGAAAGUCAAACCCUCAAGUGCAGAUUAGUAGCGCACGUUAUCUGUUGCAGUUUAUCGACACUGUUGAUGUUUACAUCGUUGGAAUUGAACUGAAAAAUGUAGGUAUAUCCUUUGAAGGCACAGAAAAUGUCACUCUUCAUCAGGUGGUUGUUGAUGGCCCCAGAACUGCAGUUAGUUUGCUUAACACCAUAGAUACCAACAUAUCUUGCUGCAGCUUGAAGAAUACCGGCUGGACAGCAUUGACUCUGCAAAACACACAUAAUACCAGAAUAUGUAACACCACUGUGAAUAACACCAGAUGGAACGGAUUCGACCUCUUGAACUCAUCAAAAACUGAAAUAUUGCACACCUUCAUCAAUAGCACUGGGUGGAAUGGAAUUGAACUACGACAGACAAAUUGUACAUUUAUAUCAUGUUCUACUGUAAACAGCACAGGUUGGAAUGGAAUCGAGAUAUUUAAUGCUUCCACAACAAAAGUUACUGAUAUUCUUGUGAAUGAAACACGUCGGAACGGAAUUGAAAUACGACAGGCAAACUUUACGGUGAUAUAUUGUUCAACUGUAAACAGCACAGGAUGGAAUGGAAUUGAGAUUUUCAAUUCUUCCCAAACCACAGUUAAUUGCUCACUAGUGAACGAGACAGGUUGGAAUGGUAUAGAGAUCCGCAACAGUACCCAGGCUAGAGUGAUUGGAACAAACAUCACAAAUACAGGCCGGAGCAGGCUGGAUUGCAGGUAUACAGACACGCCCUGUACUGUUGAAACACCGCCAAACCUGAACUGUAGCUGUAAGAACAAGGACGCGUGUUGCUCAGCACCACUGAACUUGUUAACUCUACAAUCCCCAGAAUGCGGUGAUGAAACAAUUAGUGAUGACAUAGUGACCUGCUCGAAACAAGUCAACAUUACGACUCCAACCUCGUCAGUGUAUGAGAGAUCCCAAAGCUCAACAUAUCCUACACCUAUGAUGUCUGUGAUUCAAGUAACUCCGGUCCCUUCUGUGGGAAUACCUUCCCCAAUCAAUUAUUCAUCACAUCGAAAUGUCAUCCUUGGAGUUUCAGGGUCAGUAGCAACAGUAAUGUUGGGUUUCAUCAUUGUGGCAAUUGUUGCUUGGAUCUAUCGUAAAAAUAGAAACAAAGAUGUUUCAGAUGAGCACAACAAAAAGUGUCAUGUGUAUGAAGAUGCUAAUCCGGCUCUACACCACAAUGAAAACCCAAUGAGGAUGAGGCUUGAAGAAAACCCAGCCUAUGCCUCCACUCACUACUACAGCAGGUGUGUGUAGCUAGCUGUGCUAUGAUUCUCUGUUAAUUACAUUUUUCAAACAGGUCCUGAAUCUGCUGGCAUAUUUUCAUUGUGCAAAUUGCACUGGUGUGUGUCACUAUUAGAACCAUUAGACUGUAUGAACAUAGUCAUUUACAUACUUUCACAUAGCAGUGUAUCUAAGCACCAUGUCUUUAUUAAAAAUUCAUAAACCACCACUUUCGCCUCUACGUCACAUCCAUUAACACUACAGCUAGCCUCCACUUCACGAACACACCUUGACUUUACUCAUAGCCUUCACCCUAGC